AUGAACCGUGUGCGACAUCACGGCGGACAAGGACGCGUCCGCGGAGAACGCGCAAGCCAUAGCGGCCCUGCACAUGGGGUACCUGGGGCACUCGGAGCAGCGGGAGGACGGCGAGCCCAUCGUGCCCCAUGGCAACGCGAACCCUGCCACUUCAAGAGGCGGGGGCUGACUUUCCAAACUUUCCGCGCGAGGGGCCUGUGGGAGACCAGAUUGACGGCUGGUUCGGCGUACAGCCGGGCGGCCAGGUUUACCGCACUGGGGUGCAGUCCACGGCCCCGGGGGGGGGCCGCGGCCGGAGCAGCGCGCGGCUGAAUUCGCGCGCGGACUCGUACAGCUGAAUCGAAGAACGCACGCGGGUCCGUGGAUAUCCCCCGGCGUAAACGAGCCGCACCCCCCCCGAAGGAAAACGUCCCGGCAAUUGGAAAAGGCUGCCCCCGCGGCCUUCAACAAGCCUGGGGAGCGCUGUUGAAAGCCUGAAGUUGUCGAUCCUUCAUUGAGCACGAAGAUGACGACGAGGGAGUUUGGGCGCCCCGGAUCGUCGGCUUUUGCUUCACGGCCAAGGCUUGACUUCUUUGACAAACGGAGGUGAUAUGUCGUAAGGACAUGUAGUGUUUCAGCCACGCUGCAGGUAGGGACGUGUUUUACUCCGUCUGAGGGCGUACUGCGAGGGUGGCGUGGCUCCGCACUUAUCAGAUUCGGUUUGAUCCAACCAAACGUGGGCGAGCGCUUUUGAGUGCUAAACGCGCGAUAGAAUAAAUACUACUACGUCAAGAACCUCUCCUACCUCCUCCUGUUGUUUCUUUGUUCGUCGCCUUUUAGGAAAUGAUAACAAAAACCAAGUUAAUCAAGCGACAAGCCUCGAGUGACUGUUUGUGUUUCUCUCGACAUAAGUAGGCUGAAUUUCAGCAAUUGGUUUUUCA